AUGCUCGAACUUGGCGCCACAUUCAUCCCAUUCGAACCAGAUCGAUCCGCGCAUGACGGGAAUAUUACUCGCAAUUUUUUCGACUGUUCCAGUCAACGUAUCUGUACGAUGCGGAACAACGGGGCGCUUGGACUCACUUCAAAGUCCCUUCAAAACGAUAAAAUCACAAAUGUUCGAACAAAAGACCGCGGGGAACCUUCUACCGUAAAAUUCUCGCCAGAUGGGCGGCUUUGUGUGAUGCAAAGGGCUCCCAACACAGCUGACAUCAUUUUUCUGGAAAAAACUGAAAAUUCGUUGUGUUUAGAGCUAACAGUGAGCACAAAAUCCAAGGAACCCUUGUUAGCAGUUGAAUGGAUCACUAAUAAUCAGCUUCUCCUAGUCAACAAUCACAGUGCAGAGCUGCUAUUUAUAAAUGAAGACAAAAAAUCAUCGAAAUUGAUUAAAGCGACAAAUGUUAAUGCUGCAUGGGCCAUUUAUUAUGCACCCAGCCAGCUCUUGCUCAUCGCCAAUGGUCAAUCUUGCUCAAAUUUACAACCGAUUAUUGUGGCGCACUCUCAGUUUACUAGAAUGAAGAAUUUCGAAGUGGAUUUCGGAGGAAGUAUAUCGAAAGAGAACUUUUUGGAGAAGGAUGCCGCGAUUGCCACGAUCUACGGAAAAGUGUACAUAAUGGUAUUUCGAUACAGUAAUCGAAGUGCGACAAUGCUCGAUCUCUACGAGCUUCCAUUCGACGCGUCGACGGCGCCCCAGUUCCGUCAUUCUUUGAUUCUCGGUUUUAAUGGGGGUUGUGGAAUACAUGUGAUUGAUAAUCUCGUGAUUGUUCAUCAUCAAUCAUCUCAGAAAUCAAUGAUUUUUGAUAUUAAAGUGAGCUCGCCGAGCAAAAGUCACUCUCCUCUCGUUACUACUACUAUCGAACCGCACCCCCAACACCAACCACCACCGGCGCUCUACACAAACUUCUGGUUCACAUUCCUUCCCGACGUUGUCAUCGACUCAGCAGGCGGUGUCAUGUACUCAAUUCGUCUAAAAAACGAGAAAUCUCAACUGGAAAUCGCUGAGAAACACACAAUGUUAGAGUAUCUCGCCCGGCGACGGCACGAGAAAAAACUGUUCAUCGUCUCGUUUCUCUCGUGUCUCCGCGCGCGUGCUCUCUCGCUUCGACAAAUUCGAAAAAUUUUCGCAAUGUUGAGUGGAGGCGUGAAACCAUCGAAAUCUGCUGAAAAUUCGGCUGAAAAUGGUGCUGGAAGUGCCCUGAAAGCUGUGAUGACGUGUGAGAAAUACUCGAGUCUUGUGGUGACUCAACACGAGAUGCAAAGUGCUGUGUUGAUUCCGUUGAGGGAAGACGCCUCCCUGCCGGAAUCCUACGUGGCCAACAUAAUGCUACAGUACCUCCGAUCACUAUUCGACGCUUCAAUUACUCCAGAAGCGUAUCUUAUUGAAAUGGUUGUUGAGACACUUGCAGAGGCAGGCGAAAUGUCGAAAUUACAGCAAAUUGUCACUUAUCGAGUAAUAAACGACUCAAAACCGUUGGCAUUCCUUCUCCUAUCGUAUGAGGCUCGUUGCUCGACACUUUUCCAGUCGGGUGUCGAUAUUCUUGCGAGAAAUAAAGCAAGCGACGAGAUAGUCGAAGUGAUGUUGGAGAAGAAGCAAAUCGUCGACGCAUUCCGAUUUAUUGACGUCCGAAAUCUGAAUGAGGCGUUGAUUCCGAAAGUUGUCGAGGCGGCGAAUCAACAUUGCUCACGGCAGACGAGAUACGCCAUUAGGGAACAUUUGAUUGAGAAAAAGGCAAAAGCGUCUCUCUACAAAUCGAUUGGCGACGACCUCUACACGGAAGCAGAAAUCAAAGAGGCCGCCAACGAACAAGCCACGUGCACCCUCUUCGAAAUUUAA